UGUGGACGUACCCCAGCAUUGAGUCCAGUGGAGAUAACGUAACGCUGCUAAUAACUUCUGCUGCUCACCUCCAUUAAACCGAAACAGGCGAACAUAUCUGGUUGCUGGCGUGCUGUUGAGUAUCUCUGAGUGUGUCCCUCACUGUCCCAGAUGAGGGACUGAUGCUGGCCAGUACUCUCCUGAACCCCUCGGGCCACCUCUCUCAACUGUCCCAGUUUAGUUCUGCAUCUGCUCCCACUGGUGCACCUUAAGAGAAGAAGGACACUCCAGCUAAAAUGGAUGACAUCUUUACGCAGUGCCGGGAAGGCAAUGCAGUAGCAGUUCGCUUAUGGUUGGACAAUACAGAGAAUGACCUCAACCAAGGAGAUGACCACGGCUUCAGCCCUCUACACUGGGCAUGCAGGGAAGGACGGUCCAGCGUGGUGGACAUGCUCAUCAUGAGAGGAGCUCGCAUUAACGUCAUGAACCGUGGAGACGACACACCUUUGCACCUGGCUGCCAGCCAUGGACAUCGAGACAUUGUGGGAAAGCUGAUCCAAUGCAAAGCAGACACAAAUGCAGCCAAUGAACACGGGAACACACCACUGCAUUAUGCCUGCUUCUGGGGCCAAGACCAAGUGGCUGAGGACCUUGUGACUAAUGGGGCUCUGGUGAGCAUCUGUAACAGAUAUGGGGAAACACCUAUGGACAAAGCCAAACCUCACCUGCGUGAACUCCUCAGAGAAAAGGCUGAGAAAUUGGGACAGAACUUGACUAAAAUUCCCUUCAAGGAUUCAUUCUGGAAAGGCACCACCAGAACUCGACCCCGCAAUGGCACUUUGAACAAACAUGCAGGCAUUGACUACAAACAGCUUACUCUCCUUGCUAAAAUAAAUGAGAACCAGUCGGGAGAGCUGUGGCAAGGGCGCUGGCAAGGAAAUGAAAUUGUUGUUAAGGUUCUAAAAGUUCGUGACUGGACCACAAGGAAAAGCAGGGAUUUCAAUGAGGAGUAUCCCAAACUCAGGAUAUUUUCCCACCCGAAUGUCCUACCCAUGUUGGGAGCAUGUCAGUCUCCUCCUGCCCCUCACCCCAUCAUCAUCACACACUGGAUGCCUUAUGGCUCCCUCUACAACGUGCUGCAUGAAGGCACCAACUUUGUGGUCGACCAGACACAGGCGGUGAAGUUUGCGCUGGACAUUGCUUGCGGAAUGGCUUUCUUACACACACUUGAGCCCAUGAUCCCUCGACACUAUCUGAACAGCAAGAGCGUUAUGAUAGAUGAAGACAUGACAGCCAGGAUCAGCAUGGCAGAUGUCAAGUUCUCCUUCCAGUGUCCUGGCAGGAUGUACUCGCCUGCAUGGGUAGCCCCUGAGGCCCUGCAGAAAAAGCCAGAAGAUAUCAACCGUCGGUCAGCAGACAUGUGGAGCUUUGCUAUCCUGCUGUGGGAGCUGGUGACCAGAGAGGUUCCCUUUGCUGACCUAUCCAACAUGGAAAUUGGCAUGAAGGUUUCCUUGGAAGGCUUAAGGCCCACCAUCCCCCCUGGCAUCUCACCCCACAUUUGCAAGCUCAUGAAGAUAUGCAUGAACGAAGACCCAGCUAAGAGGCCGAAAUUUGACAUGAUUGUGCCAAUUCUGGAAAAAAUGCAGGAGAAGUGAAAAACCUGUUCCUCCCCCCUGUACUGAACCUAAGAAUUACUGGAUAUCUUCCCCCAGAUAUCACUCUGAUAUGGUGGUGUGGUGCUUACCAGUAUUGCCUUAAACUCUUUCCUCUGCCGCUGCAUCCGACGCCACUGUAGCUUCUGCUUCUGCGGUGAAUCCAGAAGCAGUCACUUCUUUUGUAUUGUUUUUGUUUUCUUCUGUUGAUGUGAUAUCAAGUUUUUAUUAGUGUCCUUACCUUUGUCACUGAUCCACUGAUAGUAUGUUUGCAGGAGCUUAAUACUGACCAUUCAUCUUCUAAACAGUAAUCAUGUGGCCUGAGUACAAUCUUUGUCAACCAACUGAAUGAACUGGUUAGCAUGACAAUCUGCUAUGUUGCUUCCGUGGAUUUAAGGCCUUAUUUUUAUCUGGAGUUUUAAAAAGUCACCCUGUAAGGUAACGAAGAAGUAACAUAUUAACCAAAGCUUGACUUUUGGGAAAAGGUUUAUGCUUGUUGUGUUAGCAACAAACUGUAUGUAACUGGGUAAGCAUGACAAAUGUCUGAAACUAAGCAUUUAAUUGUGAGAUUAUUGAGAAAAUGUAUAUGAAUGAGUGGCAUACAGGAGAGUGCGUACAGUAGCAGGGUUGUGCCAUUCAGCUUGGCUGUGUAGUGAUGUGCUGAGCUUGGCCUGUCCUGAGCAUUGGUCCCUGACUGUAUCCUGUACAAAACUGGCCUUACAAACCUUUGCUUUUUUUUUCAGUCCAGCAAAACGUAUGGUGUUGAUUAUUGCGAUUAUGGGAAGAUUACUUUCAAUUAUAUUGCUGAUUUUCUCUUGUUAAUUGUAAUAAUGUAACGAUGACCCAAACAUACUGCUGUAAUCUAGUUCAUUUUCAUUAUUUUCCCUUCAAAAGUUUAACCUAACAGUUUUAUUAUGAUUUGAAUUCUGCUAGCUCCUCUAUUAUAAACAGCCUCUGUUUCAAGAUGUCUGAAAGUGUUUGCGCUUCACUCAAGUGUUAUUUUCAUGUUAAAUACUUUUAAAUAUCAUGAAUGAAUAAUGCAACCCAGACUGUAAUUUAUUCAUGGAUGUCAUAGGUACAGGUGUAAUUUGUUGUUUUGUUGUCAAGCAUGGGGGCUGCCUUUCCUCCCAGUUUUAUGGCUGCAUCAGAAGCUGCUGCCAACAGAAGGUGACUGGGACUUUAAGGGGUGGUAUUAACAUCCUGCAGAACUGUUCUGUUGUUUUCUCACCUGUUUUCAUUAUUUGGGGCCUCUAGAUUACUUCUGACUUUAUAUCCGUGGGUUGAUUCUUCUACCUGCAUUUUUUCUGUGCCUCCACCAGCUUGCUUGUUUGUGCUGAAUCACAGGUUGAAGCCAAAAUCAAGAAUGACUUAUACAAAUAUAUGUAUUUAUAUAUAAGUAUAUUAAAAAGUAAAAAUAUGG